AUGGGUUGUGUCGAGCUUCUAAGGUAUCAGAGGCUUUGUGGAUGGGGUUGGAAACCCGAUUUCAUGGCUUAUUGGGUUGUUGCCGCAGGGUUCCGAUCAAUGAGGAAUAUGGCUACAAUGUUUUUCAAUUUCAUGGUUGAGAAAGAGAGGUUCCCAACUAUUUUGACUGUUAAUGAUUUGUGUAGGAAUCUGUGUAGGCAUGGCAAGGUUGAUGAGUUAUUGGAGACGUUCCAUGUUUUGAAUUCUCAAAACUACUUUAAAGAUGUGGAGGGUUUCAAUGUAAUGAUUUCAUUUUUGUGCAGGGCUGGGAAAGUGAGAGAAGGCUAUACUGUUCUGCAGGAGAUGAAGAAGAAAGGGUUUCAACCCAAUGUCUCGUCUUAUAAUUACAUAAUGGAAGCGUGUUGUAAGGAGGAUCUACUGCGUCCUGCGAGGAAGCUUUGGGAUGAGAUGUUCUCGAACGGCUGUUUGGGGAAUUUGAAAACACUACCCACUGCAAUUAUUGGGAGUGGCAGAGGUGGAAGAAGAAGAUGA